GUGGGGCUAUAAGAAAGUGCCCUAAAACCCCUUUUGCUUUAGCAUUUCUGUUUCCACUCUGCGUCUAAAUUCUGAUAUAUCAUAUCAAGACACCACCAUCAUCAUCAUCAUCAUCAUCACUUCCACACAUAUAUAAACACAUACAUAUCCCCAGACAAGACAACCGCCUAUCUUCUUGAAACCAUGGCUUCUUCGAACAGGCACUGGCCAAGCAUGUUCAAAUCCAAACCUCAUCACCACCAUCACCAGUGGCAAAACGACAUCAACUCACCUCUCUUGCCUUCAAGGCCAUCUCCUUUCUCUUCAGGGUGUGAAGAACGGAGUCCGGAGCCUAAGCCGAGGUGGAAUCCGAAACCGGAGCAGAUUCGGAUUCUCGAAGCAAUCUUCAACUCGGGGAUGGUGAAUCCACCGAGAGAUGAGAUCAGAAGGAUUAGGGCACAGCUUCAGGAAUACGGACAAGUAGGUGAUGCCAAUGUCUUCUACUGGUUUCAGAACCGCAAGUCUCGAAGCAAACACAAACUCCGUGUCCUCCACAACUCCAAACACGCUUCCUCUACUCAGGCACGACCACAAAACUCGGCUUCCCCUUCAUCAUCUUCCUCCUCUUCAUCCCCCAAAUCCUCCACCGAACCCUACAAGACCAAGAAUUACACCAAUUCCAACACUAUCAACAGCACCAAUCUCUCUCUCGGUGGCAAUUCUUCGUCUGCUAUGCCAAAAGUCGGUUCGGUUACCGUGGAAAGUAACCCGGCUCUCGGUAUGCUUCCUACCGAGCCGGCCUUUCUCUUCCCGGUUUCUGCCAUGGCAACAGUCGGAGGAUUCGAGGGUUUCACCGGAGGGUCAGAGUUAGGAUUUGUCUCUGGCGAAAUGAUGAGUAACAUUGCGGCUCAAGAGCAGAAACCGGUUGCUGCGGCUGGGCCUUGUACGGGGCUUUUGCUGAGUGAGAUAAUGAAUAGCGUGAGUUAUGGGACGAACUUAAGUGUGAAAGAACACGAAGAGGUGAGGAUGAAGAUGUUGCAGCAACCACACGAUCAUCUUUCUUACACAACGAGUUCGAUCACUACUCAGACCAGUUCGCCUUACAACAACUUGUUCGUUAAUCCUUCUCCUACUUCGGCUUCUGCUACUGUUCCAUCGGUUUCUGAUCAUCAUCAGCUUCAUGUUCAAGCAGCGGGGAAAAUAACGGUGUUUAUCAACGAGAUGGAGCUAGAAGUGAUGUCAAGGCCGUUCAACGUGAGAGAGGCGUUCGGGUCGGAAGAGGCGGUGCUGAUCGACUCGGCCGGGCAACCCGUUCUCGCCGACGAAAACGGCUUCUUGCUUCACCCUCUCCAACACGGUGCCUCCUACUAUCUGAUUUAGAGGCACCGAAGCUGUGAAAGACUUGGUUUGAGCAAAAAAAACACUUGGCUCUAUCUCUCUCUCUCUCUCUCUCUGGUUAUGCAUAAAAUAGUAGGGUUUAUUAUUUAGUUGCUCCUUGUGACGUUAUGAUGUAUGAGUUUGGGACAGAGCAUUAAACUCGUAGGGUUGUGGUGUGGACCAAUGUUUUUCCUUAU